GAUGAUAACCCGUAAACUUAAAUUGGACCUCAAUUUGACUUUGGAAUGCAGAACAAGCAGAAGCAAAAGUAGGAAGACAAAACCAACAACGUGGAGAGAAAGCAAAAGAUUCCGGGCACCGUAAAACCCAGCUGGAGCGUCCCGGAGGGCUGAUCACAUAGCCCUAAAACCCUAAUACUUAUCGCGCUCAGCAAAACUAAACUUCCAGCAAUUUACCAAUGGAUAUCGACUUCACAGAGUACAAACUAAGUUCCCAGCUCCGCGGCCACGAAGACGAUGCUCGUGGGAUAUGCAUAUGUGACAAUGUCGGCAUUGCGACGUCGUCGAGAGAUAGAACGGUCAGGUUUUGGACUUUGGAUCAGUCCAACAAUAGGGAUUAUACUCUAUCAAAGAUUCUAUUGGGACAUACGAGUUUUGUGGGGCCAUUGGCUUGGAUUCCACCGAGCGAUGAGUUCCCGGAGGGGGGACUCGUUUCUGGUGGGAUGGAUACGCUUGUUUUUGUCUGGAAUUUGGCAACUGGAGAGAAGGAACAUGUACUGAAGGGGCAUCAAUUGCAAGUCACUGGUGUCUUCUUGGAUGGCUCUGAUAUUGUCUCCACGUCCGUUGAUUGCACACUAAGAAGAUGGAAGAAAGGCCAACUAGUUGAGGUUUGGGAAGCACAUAAAGCAGCAGUCCAAGCGGUUAUUAAGUUGCCCUCCGGCGAGCUUGUUACAGGUUCAAGUGACAUGACCUUAAAGCUGUGGAAAGGGAGGAGCUGUGUACACACUUAUGUGGGACAUACAGAUACUGUUCGAGGCUUGGCCUUUAUGCCAGCUUUAGGAAUUAUCUCUGCAUCACAUGAUGGUUCGAUGAGGCUGUGGGCGCUUAGUGGUCAGCUUCUAAUGGAGAUGGUUGGUCACACUUCUAUUGUCUAUUCUGUAGAUGCCCAUGUUUCUGGGCUUAUUGUCAGUGGCAGCGAGGAUUGUUUUGCUAAAAUAUGGAAAGAUGGAGCUUGUGUUCAGAGCAUAGAGCACCCUGGUUGUGUUUGGGAUGCCAAAUUCCUGGAAAAUGGAGACAUUGUGACAGCAUGUUCUGAUGGUGUUGUCCGCAUUUGGACAGUACAUCAGGAUAAAAUUGCCGACUUGCUGGAACUUGAAUCAUAUUCUUCUCAAGUUUCUCAAUUCAAGUGUAGUAGGAAGAGAGUUGGUGGAUUGAAGUUGGAAGAUUUACCAGGGCUGGAUGCUCUACAGACUCCAGGAACCAGUGAUGGGCAGACAAAAGUAGUACGAGAAGGGGACAAUGGUGUGGCAUAUACAUGGAAUAUGAGAGAAUACAAGUGGGAUAAAAUUGGUGAAGUCAUUGAUGGACCUGAUGAUAGUUUGACUCGUCCUGUUCUUGACGGGAUUCAGUAUGAUUAUGUGUUUGAUGUUGAUAUUGGAGAUGGAGAGCCUAUUCGUAAAUUGCCAUAUAAUCGCUCAGAUAAUCCUUAUGCUGCUGCUGAUAAGUGGCUGCUUAAGGAGAAUCUUCCCCUAUCCUAUCGCCAACAGAUUGUGGAGUUUAUACUGCAAAAUACGGGACAAAAAGACUUUUCUCUUGAUCCAUCUUUCCGUGAUCCCUUUACUGGGUCCGGUGCUUAUAUCCCUGGACAACCUUCAAAAUCAGAAGCCUCUGUGGAAAAGCCUACCUUUAAGCAUAUUCCCAAGAAAGGAAUGCUUGUCUUUGACGUAGCGCCGUUCGAUGGUAUUUUGAAGAAAAUUGCAGAGUUCAACAGUACUCUACUUUCUGACGUGAAGAACAAGCAUUUGUCAGUUCCAGAUGCUGAAAUGUCAAGAAUUGGAAACAUUGUUAAGAUUUUGAAGGACACAUCACGCUACCACAGUAGUAAAUUUUCAGAUGGUGAUGUGGAUUUGGUGCUGAAGUUGCUGAAUAGUUGGCCUGUUGAAAUGAUAUUCCCAGUUGUUGAUCUUUUGCGGAUGGUAAUACUACACCCUGAUGGAGCAACAGUACUUCUCAAGAAUACAAGUGAUGGAAAUGAUGUGUUUGUGGAGUUAGCUAAGAAGGUCACAAGUUCUCCUCUUCCACCAAACCUUCUGACCAGCAUCCGAGCUGUAGCAAAUCUCUUCAAGAAUUCAAUGUACCAUGACUGGCUACAGAAAAAGCGUGCUGAGAUACUGGAUGCCUUCUCAAGUAGUUACUCAUCUUCAAAUAAAAACAUACAAGUGGCUUACUCAACUUUGAUGCUCAAUUAUGCCAUUCUACUGAUUGAAAAGAAGGAUGAAGAAGGGCAAGCUCAAGUUCUUUCGGCAGCACUUGAGAUUGCAGAAGAUGAAAGUCUUGAUACCGAUUCCAGAUUUCGGGCUUUGGUUGCCAUUGGAUCUUUGAUGCUUGAAGGCCUUGUUAGAAAAAUAGCUGUCGACUUCGAUGUGGAAAGCAUUGCAAAAGCAGCAAAAGCAUCUAAGGCCACGAAGAUUGCUGAAGUUGGAGCUGACAUUGAACUGAUAAUAAAGCAAAGCUGAAUAUGCUACUCCGGGUCUGACUUAGUUAUUUGACAGAGCCAGUGUGACGAUUGACAAUACAUGAUCAUUGAAGACGAGAUGCAUUUGAGGAGAAGUGCAGUACAUUUGGGACGUAUGACGGGGCAGUACAAUGCGUUUGAUGGGAUGUGAUCCUGAUCGCUUUAUUGCUUUGACUUGAACUGAAAGUGGGGUAGUUUUUCCAGUCUUCCACCGUGUAACUGAGGCCACUGAAGCUUGUUACUGUACUCGCAGACACAUAAGAAAACCUAUACGUAGGAGAAAAUUGCUUUGUACUCGCAGGAAUGAUAAUUUGGAACUAGAACUCGUUCCAAAUUCACAAUCACGCGAACAUGUGCGAGUUACUUUGCGUUUACUUUUCGUUCAUCUUUGCCA